AUGAGGUUGCUGAUGGAACUUGCCGUCGUCUUGAGGAGCGAGCACCGCCACUCCCGUCACUCCCCAUCACCACCAACUACCCAUCCUACCCAUCCUACCCAUCCUACCCAUGCUCCCCAUGCUCCCCACCCUCCCCUUCCUUUAUCAUCCCCUCCGCCCGCGUCCCCGUUCGCGGGGCGAGCGCUGUGGAAUACGAAGGAUUCUUCAUGUUUCUUGCUGCCGAAGCACAUUGCGGUGGCGGGCUGUCCGACGCAACUGACGACAGCUCAUCGAAAUUGCUCUAUUCAGCGGACGGUUGAUUCAGCCCACGGGGCAAGAUUCAGCCUACUGGACAGCCCUGUGCCCGGAUUACACUCAGCUAUCCUACUUUUCGAGAAGGCUUCUGAUAUCAGAACCGCAGCUCAUUUCCGCCCCGGCCCCCCUGCAAGCCAACAACGCGCGAGGCGCGAGAAUUCGCCUUACCCGAACCAACCAACUACUAAACUCGAAUUGACGAAACCUCCCAGCCAACUAAGCUUUGCCAAGGGCGCCCACGAUGACACUGGCUGGCUGUGCUGCGACCAUCGUCGCUUUGGCCACCAACCAAAAGCCGACGACUCGGUGAACUCGAGGCAACACAUUCGAACCGAAGAAGUCACAAUAUAA